AUUCCGUAUAGCGCGAUUCCACCUGACGCAAGUUAUUAAGGCUUGCCAAGUGAAGCCAAACUCGCCAAUGCAAAUAAAAAUAGAAAAAUCUUACAACGACAACGUGCUGCAAAAUAUUUAUUUCACAGUUUACGUGGUGUUACCCUCGCGUUGAAUAAUGAACAACAUUUAAUAAAAAAGCUGAAAAAUCAACAGAUAACACGAUCGUGUACCAUCCUAUAACGAAUUUUAAUUGUUCAAGAUCCCGUUCAAUUAACAAUAACGACUACUCGCAAGAUGUUUCAGUCCAGAUAAAGUUAAGUUAUACGUUAGUGUCGGUUUUGGCAGUGAACCUGCUAGCUACCUCAGGGGACAUCACGAUGACCUGGACCUCGCCUAUUUACCCGAAGCUUCAUAGCAACGAUUCAACUAUUAAUCCUAUUGGUAGAGAGAUAACCAGAGACGAAGAUGGAUGGAUAGGCUCAUUAGUGAAUGUUGGGGCCAUGUUCGGCCCUUUGCCCUUCAGUUUCGUCUCGGAGAGGUUCGGAAGGAAGAUUGGACUGCUGAGCAUCGCCAUACCUCACAUCAUCGCCUUCAUGACCAUGGCAUUUGCUGAGAGCGUAUACCUCUUCUAUCUCGGAAGGUUACUCGGAGGCAUAGCUGUAGGUGGUGGUUACACCCUUCUACCGAUGUACAUUGCCGAAGUAUCCGAGGCAGCCAACAGAGGUGCCUACUCUUCAACUCUGGGAAUAUUUUGGGCUUUCGGGAACUUCAUUCCUAACGCUAUAGGACCGUUUAUGUCUGUGAUGUGGUUCAAUUUGCUGCUCACUUGCUUCCCGGUAGCUUUCUUCAUUACGUUCUACUUUUUGGGGAAGGAGACACCAUAUUUCCUUGUUGGAGCUAACAAGAUCGAUGAAGCCGAAGAAGUACUGAUGAAAUUGAGGUGCCUCGACAACAAAGGUGUAGAGAUCGAGCUCAAUCAAAUAAAGACCAAUCUAAAGAAGGAAGAAUCUGGCAGCUACUCCGACAUCCUCAAGAAUGCAGGACUUCGGAAGGCAUUCGUCAUAUCCCUUAUCCUCAUGGCUCUACAACAACUCUGUGGAAUGAACGCUGUCAAUUACUACCUCCAAACCAUUCUUCAAGAGUCUGGCAGUAAACUGCCUUCAGACAUUUCCUCGCUCAUUGUAGGCUUCGGGAUGUUUCUCUUCAGCUUUUUGGUACCUCCAGUAAUGGAUAGAUUAGGAAGAAAGGUACUGCUGGCUUUAUCCUGUACAGGAAUGGGUUUGUCCAUGUUUAUCCUGGGCUCCUACUUUUACAUAAAAGAUCACACAAGCUGGAGUGUAGAACCCAUAUACUGGUUGCCACUGCUCAGUCUAGUAUUUUUGAUAUUCUCAUACCAAAUGGGGGUCUCCAUAGUCCCUUGGGCAAUCUCUUCGGAGCUUUUUCCGAAGAAUGUGAAGCAAGUGACAUCUACGGCGGUAUCCACCACCGCUUGUGUGUCUACAUUCCUUGUUACUAGAUUUUUCAAUAACAUGACGGAAUCUUUAGGAGCAGCUGGUACCUUUUGGUUCUUCUCAUGUUGUUGCAGCAUCUGCUUAGUAUUCACGUGUUGUUGCGUACCAGAAACUAAAGGCAAAUCUUAUGAAGAAAUUCAGAACAUGGUACAAAAGUGGUCGAAGAGUAAGGAAUCGAAUGAAGUCUGAAAGAUGCUUGUUAAUCAAUCUUAGUACUUAUUACACAUAUUUACUAUAGAAAGACUUGAAAUCAAAUUGUCCAGUGUUUCAAGAAAAUUAUAUUAUCUAAAGCUCAAAAUGAAAUUGUAAGGUCUUUAAGUAAGAUGCUUUUAAAAAAUUGGAAUCAUUCAAAAAAUGAGUAAAGGAAUAAAAUAAGACAAGCUCAGCUAGGUAUUGUGAAAACAAUAGUCCGAUCGCAUCACAUAGGCGAAAAGACGUAAGCGACAGAUGAAUCAAAAACUACAGUGCACUUUUUAUUCAAACUAUUUUCUGUAAACAAAAUCUCGAAGCUUAUGUAUUGCAACGAUUUUUGUAUGUAAUAUUCUUUUAAAGGAUUUUGCACAUUCCUUAUGGGUCUCGGUCAUCUUUGCUGCUUUAGUAUGUCGUUCUCCAUGCCAAUCUGAUCCAAAGUCUCCACUUGGACUAUGGACCCAAAAUCAGCGAUUUUUGAGUAACAGGGUGUUCAAUCAUCAAAAGUUGGAAUUUGAACUUGCUAUACUUGAGCGCCCUGUAACUCGAAAACCAUUGAUACUCCAACCUUUUGUCCACAGAGACUUUUGACCGAAAAUGUAUAGAUGUUAUCAUCAUACCACCCAUUAUUUAUUUUCCAUGAGAAUUGCAAUAAUUUGAUACCAUCAAACAAUGUGUCUGAAAAUCAGCAUUAUAGGAACUAGUAUGUUUCUAAUCGAUAUCGAUGUUGAAUUUUUGAAUAGGGUAUUCAAUUUUACAUAGAUCGCCCCUCUUGAGAAUGUUUUGUCGGAAUACAUGGAGGAAUUUUUUUUAAUAUUUCGAAUAAAAAAAUUCAACCCGUUCUACUUUAAAAAUACAAUAUGUAUGUCUUGUCCUUAUUCAUUCUCAUCAGUGAUGCAGAAAUGUACAGUCUUGUCUUGGUAAUGGGACAUCUGAAAACAUGAGUAUAUAGGAUCAUUUUAUGUUAUUAUUGUAAUAGCUUUAUUUACGAGAAAUAUUGCAAUUUUUUCACCCUGUAUGGAACACAGUUUUUUGCUUUCAACAGAUUCUUCGAUUCUAGACUAGGUCUGUGAGAUUGUUAGUGAUAUAUUUUUUACAAACUAGAUGUAAGUAAUGAUUUGAUUUGUACGAAAUAAGGUUCCUACAGACAGUUCCUCUUCCUUUAAAUAGAAGCAGGGUAUAUUAAAGUGUUGCAUCGGUCUGUGGAACAGCAGUAUUUUACAAUAGUAUUUGUACCUCUACUGUAUUAAAAGUAGAUGCUACUAGUGAAUGUUAUAUAACGAUUAGCAUUAAUUAUUAAACGAACAUUUUUGUUGCAAUAUUUGAGUAUAAGUAUGGCAAUUCCAGUCCAGCCAUCUUGACCAUAUUGCAGCAUAUGGUACGGCUAUAUACCUCAGUUAUAUCAACUAUAUCUCGGCUAUAUAUUGCCAAUAUUACAUGCAAUGUGUAAACAUGCUACACCUUUCAUAAUUUCUCAUCAGAAGGGUUACACAAAAUCAGUCAAUAAUGACCGACGAAAUUGUGUGCGUCUCGGCCAGCUGAUAUUACUUACAUUACAUUAAGUAGGAUUCCGAUAGUACGGCAAUCUGACAGCAAUAUAUGAAAAUAGGUCGAAAAUAUCCAACAUGUGAAGCAAUGUAGCCGAGCCAUACUCAAAGUAUUGCCGAAUGAUGCUAGCUACUCUAUUGCAGCUAGAUAAUGCCCGUUAAGAAUUUCCGUUUAGGUGUACGUGAUCAUUUAAGCUUCCAAGGUGAAGAUCGUGAUAUCAGAAGUAAGCAAGUACAUAAGUACACAAAUAGUAUGAGCAAUAUAAAAUCACAUACAGUGCUUUUCAAAUGAGGCUUCCCCUCAGCUUAUUUUAUGAAAAUGGUCACGCUACCAGGCUGAAAUUUGGGUGAUGGAAUUGAUGCAUGAAGAAUACUAUAUUUUAGCGUAAAAGUGUCAGUUGAAAAAUUCUGGAUGACGUAUGGGCGCCAUAUUGGAGCUUUUUCAAAUGAAAUAGGAGUCAUGUGAUAACUUAUGAAGCUCCCUCUGCGUACUCCAUAAGUGGUGGGGUGUCAAAGUUGAGCGUAUUUUGUCCACAAGAUAGUGAUUUUAUAUUCUAACAUUAUAAAGUAUGCAUAAGAAGUUUCAAAAUGGAGUAUCGCAUAACCAUUCCAUUAAAAAAAAUUAUCCAAAAUGGCACUCAACCGCCGUUUUGAAACAUUCAACCACGAUUUUUACGCUAAGAUAUAGUAUUAUUUAUGCAUUAAUUUCAUCACCCAAAAUUUCAGAUUACCUACUAACAUGACCCGUUUAAAAAAAAUUGGGGGAAGGGGAUUGAAUAAUAAUCUGAGAAACGUGUGGAAUACAUAAUAUAUAUGGCGACAUUGUUUAAUAUUCGGGAAUAAGAAAAAUUUUAUGUUCGAUUGAUACGAACUAUUUAUAAAUAUUUUUGCGUCCAUACAAAAUAGUUCUUGAAAAGAUCUUGUUGAGUUGUUUGAAAUAAAUUUAUAAUUUAUAUACCAACACAAACUCAUUUGUAUUCAACAAGUUCAAACAAAAAAGAAUGGAUGUAUAUUUGUGUUAUCACUAAAGCUUGUUCUGGUGCAUUAGGAAAAAAUCUUGUUUUACUAUUAACUGCAUAUUGGCUUUCUGGAAACAAAAAUGUAAAACAGAUUUAAAAAUAAAGAAUAUUUUUCGAA